UUUAGAAUGUUUACCUGUUUACCAUCAAGACAAAUGUAACCGUAUUUACCCAUGUAUUCAAAGAAGGGCCCGCUGGAAACCUGCUGGAAGCAAAACAGCCUUCACGGUAACUGAGUGGCCAGGGACUUGGGAGGGCUUCGCUUUUCCUGGGAAGAUUGGGAGAGAGGUGCGGUCACGCAGACACACACUGGACAUUGAAAAAUUGCCUGUCAUCGCCCUGUACGUGUGCGAGCAAGAUGAAGGUGGGUCUUGCAGAUUGCAGGUUGGGGUGAUGUUCCUUUCUUGACAGGUCGUGACGUUACAGUGCGUGAGCCAGUAAAAGACGCACACACGGCACGGUUAGUGAACUUGAGCCUGGAACAGUUUCUCUUUCACCGAGCUCUGGAGUGGGGGUUGUGGGAGAGCUGACGGUGGCGGUCCUGUUAGGCAGGGUGGCCCCGACGUACCCUGGCCACGGAGCCGCUGAGUCCUGCUUCUGAGGCCAGGGCUGUGGGUAGGACGAGGACACCUCCACUCCCGCUCCCUGAGGACAGGGCGUCGGUGUGAGGACCCGCACCAUGCAGAGAGGCUGCCCGUGGAAGGCGGAGGCGGCCGGGGGCCUGGGAGGAGCCUUCUUCCCGCUGAGCCUGAGGUCAGCUGCGGACCCGAGUUCCUGGUACCUGGGUGGAGAGUUGUCUGGCAGGCACCGUUCACCCCGCACCCACUGAAUGAAUAUUCAUGGCAAGGCAGCGGCGGCAGUUAGCAGCACCCGUUUUUUGCAGGAUUUGGGGCAUCAAGUGCCUUCUGCCCUGCGACUGUGGUCCUCAGACCGUGGCCCCAGGACUUGCCUCGCCUGGAAGCUGGUUAGAAAUUCAGACUUGCCGAUGCCCCAGGCCAGUGAGUGGAGGGACCUGGACCCCAGUCGCAUGCAGGUGCCGCAGGGGAACCCGCUGCUGCUGUCGCACACCCUGCAGGAGCUGCUGGCCAGGGACUCCGUGCAGGUGGAGCUCGUUCCCGAGAAGAAGGGCCUCUUCCUGAAGCAUGUGGAGUACGAGGUGUCCAGCCAGCGCUUCAAGUCCUCCGUGUACAGACGCUACAACGACUUCGUGGUCUUCCAUGAGCUACUGCUCCAGAAGUUCCCCUACCGCAUGGUGCCCGCCCUGCCGCCCAAGAGGAUGCUGGGAGCGGACAGGGAGUUCAUCGAGGCCCGGAGGAGAGCGCUGAAGCGCUUCAUCAACCUGGUGGCCCGGCACCCCCCGUUCUCGGAGGACGUGGUCCUCAAACUGUUCCUGUCCUUCAGCGGUCCCGACGUGCAGAACAGGCUGAAGGAGGCGGCGCAGUGUGCGGGCGACGAGUUCCUGACCUGCAAGCUCGCUCCCCGGGCCAAGGACUUCCUCCCGGCGGACGUCCAGACUCAGUUUGCGCUCAGCCGGGAGCUGGUCCGCAACGUCUACAACAGCUUCUACAAGCUCCGAGACCGGGCCGAGCGGAUUGCGUCCCGGGCCAUCGACAACGCUGCGGACCUCCUCACGUUCGGGAGGGAGCUGAGUGCGCUAGGGUCCGACACCACCCCGCUCCCCUCCUGGGCCGCCCUGCACAGCAGCACGUGGGGGUCCCUGAAGCAGGCGCUGAAAGGCCUGUCCGUGGAGUUUGCCGUGCUCGCCGACAAGGCUGCGCAGCAGGGCCGACAGGAGGAGAAUGACGUGGUGGAGAAGCUGAACCUGUUCCUGGACUUGCUCCAGUCCUACAAGGACCUGUGUGAACGGCACGAGAAGGGCGUGCUGCACAAGCACCAGCGAGCCCUGCGCAAGUACAGCGUGAUGAGGAGGCAGAUGAGCGCUGCCGCGCACGGCCGCGAGCCCGAGUCCGUGGAGCAGCUGGAGUCUCGCAUUGUGGAGCAGGAGAACGCCAUCCAGACGAUGGAGCUGCGGAACCACUUCUCCCUCUACUGCCUCCACCAGGAGAUGCAGCUGGUCCACGCCUACCUGCCCCUCACCUCCCACAUCCUCGGGGCCUUCGUCAACUCCCAGAUCCAAGGGCACAAGGAGAUGAGCAAGGUGUGGAACGACCUGAAGCCCAAGCUGCACUGCCUCUUCGUGGGGCCCAACAGCACCCUGACCCCGCCGAGGUCCCCGAGGGAAGGCCUGUCUCCGCACUAGCGCCGAGAGGACCCGGCCCCCCACUAAAACUUCUUUCCAAACAGCGUGUCCCUGUUUAAUUCCCUCCGGAUGGCGGCUGCUCCCCAGGCCCCACCAGCUGCCACCCCUUGAGCAGAGAGGAGCUGACAUCGGAGCUGGUGCGGCUGGGGUUCAGGUGGCUCCCCUCCCCCUGUGGGGGCGGGGCCAGAGAUGUGACCCCAGGUCUCUGAGCGUCCGUGGAAGCUGAGGCCAUACGGGGUUUGUGGCAGUUGUCCCUGACCCCGGCACUGUGGCCUGUGAGUUGGGCGGGGAGAUGUGUUGGGAUUCCUUGAAAUGGAUUUCUCCCGACACCCAGAGGCAGGGCAGCAAAGGAUGGCUCUCCUGCUGGUGGUGCCUGGGGAGUGUGCAGGGACCCCUCUUUCGUGGGACCUGAGGCUGGAAGGGGCAGAGGGUGCAGGUAGUGGGUCUUGUGCUGGUGGGGGCCAAGGGCCCGAGAGCGGCCUGCUGCUGUGAACCUUCCAACCACCCCCCCUUCUCAGGCCACCAGGACCCUUCUCCCAGACUAUCCCACUUGCUGCCCCCGCCACCUGCCUCCGGGGCGAGGGGAUUGGUGCUCCAGCAGCUCUGGGGGUGGGAGUGGGCCUGUCCUGCUCACACACCCCCGUGUGUGAGUGUGGAGCAAUGGGACCUUUGUGGGACAGGUGUGGGGGGCAUCCUGACACUCCGUGGGAUCUCGGGGGCCCGCCUUCCAGACUUGGGCUGUCUCCCCUGUGUGUGCCGCAGCUGGACCCUGAGCCCAGGUGGGCUCUUGGGUAAUAACAUCUGCAGACAGGCUGCUGCAGGUCAUCCUCCGGGGGAAGGGUCCCUUGGGCACACCCCAUGCUGGGUUCUGUCUAGGGGGAGGCAGCCACGGGGUGUGGAGAGACGGCUGCUUGCUGCACCAGCCCAAGGCCCCGCUGCAGCCGACACGUGCCUUCCUGGUCCGAGGAUCAGGGCAUCGACCCCCCAGUGCUGGCCGUGUGGGGGCCACUGUUGCCUUUUGAUCUUGCUCUUUUUAGAAACUGGUCCUCAGCCACGUGGGCCAGGUCCAUGCUGCCACUGGAGGCCAGUCCCUCCCAGCGCUGUGUGUGCCUGAGCUGUCACGUGACCAGCCCACCUCCAUCCUGCCCCUGGGAAGCUGCUGUUCACGUGUCUGGGGCCCGUCACGGGUGACAGGACGAGGGGUGACAGGGAGCACCUCCCAGGGCAGAUUGAGGCCCUGCUCGUGCAGGUCACGAGGUAUCGGGUGGUGGGCUGCACGCCUGCCCCCUCCUGCGGCCCCCGGGGGCCAAUGUGCCACCACAGCCUCGCCCCCAACAGUGACGGGACCCCCAGCGUCAGCCUUCCUGGUCCAGAGGGUUCACUGUGCCUGCUCCCUGCAGGCCAGAGCCACAGUGACACUGCUGCCUCGGCCUGGCCUGCUGUGCCGAACCCUCAGCAGCUGCCAAAGACAAUCGCUGUCGUGGCCCCCCCCACAGAGCCUGGUGGGCGGGGGGCAGGGGAGAGGGUGUGUGGGACUGUGUCUGGGCCCUGCCUCCUCUGUGCCUGAGUCUGCCUCACAUGGGGCACACUUUACCCCCCAGCCACAAGGGUCCCCAGCUCCCACACCCAGCAAACGGGACUGUUUACAAGUGGCCUGCAUUCCGAGACCUUCAUUGACUAACACAACUAUUAUUAAACGUAUUUAUAAAAGUUGGGGAAAGUUGUGAGUUC